AUGUCCGACGUUGCCAAGUCCGGUAUCACCACUAAUGCCAUUACCGGCGAACGAUAUAUCCCCUCCUCUGUCCGCGCCGACGGUUCCAAGCGCAAGGAGAUCCGUGUGCGCCCCGGUUACAAGCCUCCCGAGGAUGUCGAACUCUACAAGAACCGCGCAGCAGCAGCAUGGAAGACCCGUGGUCGAGGCGGAGUGCCAGGUGCCGAAGCCUUGAGCAGUGAGGAGGACAAGGACAAAACAGCAAAGCCGACAGUUCCAGCUUCGACCCCAGCUGCGACCCCCGCUACAGCUGCCAGCACCAAGAACGCUAAGCGCCGCGAAGCCAAGCGAAAUGCGAAGGACGCCGAAACUACAGAGGGCAAAGGAGUGGACUCGAACAACUGGCGUGCCCCGCCACCCAAGAAAGAGGAACCGAUCCCGGAACCGGUCGACGUUGAAGCCGAGAACGAGAAGAAGGCUCGCAAUCUCAAGAAAAAGCUUCGUCAGGCCCGUGACCUGCGUGAGAAGAAGGAGCAGGGAGAGGGGUUGCUGCCUGAGCAGUUGGACAAGGUCAUCAAGAUCCAGGAACUUGUGAGACAGCUGGAUGUACUGGGCUUUGACUCGAACGGGGACAAGAAGGCUGGCGAAAGCGCUUGA